CAGCCACGCUUCCACUCAUUUUCCAUCACUCUACCCUUCACUUCUGCCUCAUCUCAAUCCAUCUAACCCCUUCCCUUCCGCCUCUUCCAUAAUACACAGACCCAUAUCAGAAUUCAGAAGAAGCCAUCACACUCCCACCCGGGUCCAUGGCGGCCGUGCAGUGUCUGUCCCCGGCCCCGAGCCCGACCGGGAACAAUGCCAGUGGCCUCCGUCGGGCAAGACUAGCAUCUCCUUCGGCCCUCAAGUCUUCCUCCUCCUCCUCCUCCUCUUCACUUCACCAGCUCCUGCUCCGGGUGGCCCGUACCAAUACCACCACCGCCACCACGAGCCCGAGGUUCUCCAUGCGUGUCGCCUCCAAGCAAGCCUACAUCUGCCGGGAUUGCGGGUACAUCUACAACGAGCGAACUCCGUUCGAUAAGCUGCCCGAUAAUUACUUCUGUCCAGUGUGUGGUGCCCCGAAGCGAAGGUUCAAGCCCUAUCAGCCUGCCGUGACCAAGAACGUGAAUGAUACCGACAUGCGCAAGGCAAGGAAGGCUCAGAUCAAGAGGGACGAAGCUAUCGGGCGAGCGUUGCCGAUCGCGAUUGUGGUGGGAGUGGUUGCACUAGCUGGCUUGUAUUUCUACCUGAACAGCACCUUCUAAUCCACCUUAGGGAAGCUGAGAUCAAUUCCGACUUUCUACAUUGAUUCUAUUAAAUUACUUGAGCCCUCAAAUUUUGUAAAUUUCACCUUCCCACGACUAGGAAUUUGUAUCUGCAGGAGCACUCUCCUAACUUCUCUGUUAUAUAUUAAUCCUCAAUCCAUAUGGAGUACACGGUCGAUAUCGAGUUAAGA